CUGCAAGGCUAAACAUCCCAUAUUGGCUGUUGUGAUAGAUGUGUUUUCAUACUAUAAAUCUGUGUUAACAAUAGCUUACCAGUGGAGUGCCAUUUUAUUUUUACACAAUGAUGGAUGAUUGCCAGUAACUUACAAGAUAAUUGGCUUGUGUUGGUUGUGAAUUACUGCAGUACGAUAGGUGAAGCAUAUUGUCACACUCAAAUUACAAAUUACUUUUAAACGCAUGUUUGUUCAAAAUCUAAACUUAACCGCUGAGGCUAUUUGCCUCAUUAAACUCCAGGAGCUUGGGACAUUUGUGCUGGAUUAUUUACAUGCUUAAAGAUGUUGGGUUCACAGGAAAUUUAAACAAGAUUAAUCACUGACUAAUGUGCCCUUUUCCUUUAUGAUGCUUUUGUGCACCCUUACUUUGAAGGCCACAUUCAAAACGUAUUCCCACGGACACGACUUUCUGUACAGGGCUGCCCAGCAUGCUUUCCUGAUUUACAGGAAACGAGUCGAGAAUAAACACCAUGUGCUUCCUGUCACUUAGGGCAUAAGAAGAAAGCAGCGGCUUCCUAUUUUGCACAAUUGAAUGCACAGUGGUAUAUUGAUAAGGAAUGUGUUUUGUUUCAGGGCUAAGAAAAACACUUUACAACAUAAUCCCCUUGUUGCAUGAGACUUUUCCUUUGUCACACUCCAAGCUGCAUGCACACAUGCUGAGCGGCCACUGUGGGGUCUAGUUCCAUAGGGUGGUGUCUGAAAUGUACUCUUGGUACGCCCUGGAUACAUAAGCGGUGUUUUUCAGUGAGCUGCAUCCUGUCUGAUCACAGCUCUUGAGGACACGAGUGGUGGUGAUCUAGUCCCAUUGCAGAAAGCAGUCGUGCUUCGAGGUGAUGGCGAACACUCGCCUGCAACUGCUUGCCAUGGCCCUGGCCCUGCUGGGCUGGCUGUGUAUGCUCGUGUCCUGCAUGCUGCCCAUGUGGAAGGUGUCCGGAAUGUCUUCCAGCAGCGCCUUCCUGGCGCAGGGUGUCUUCGAGGGCCUGUGGGUGCACUGCGUGCUGCAGGGCACCGGCGACAUGCAGUGCAGGACCCACGGCUCCAUGAUGAGCCUGGGCACCAGCAUGCAGAUCACCAGGGCGCUGGUCGUGUGCGCCACUAUUCUGGGGGUGGUCGCCUUCUUCGUGGCGCUCGCCGGAGCCAAGUGCACCACCUGGCUGGACGAGAGUGCCACCAAGACGCGCCUUGCCACGUCUGCAGCCGUCUGCUUCGCUGUGGUGGGCCUCCUGGAGCUGGUGGCCGUCUCGUGUAUGGCCCAUCACAUCAUCAGUGACCACAACAACCCACUGAUUUCUCCGGACAUGCGUCGUGAAAUCGGCCUCUCGCUGUACCUGGGUUUUGGUGCGGCAGCGCUGCUUCUCAUGGGAUCCAGCUUCAUGCUGUGUGCGUCCCGUGGCUCGGAUCGUCUACAGUUUCUCAAUCCACAAAGCAACGGAGUGUAGGCACGAAUGGAACUCUCGUGCCGUUUUCAGGAAGCUGGUGGCAUUGACUCACAAGUUACCCUGCGCACGUCUGGUUCGAGCUGAUCAAGUUCAAGAGGAGAAAAGUAACUUGCGAUGUUUGGUGGUCACAAUUGUAUCUGUCUGAAACGGACUGAUAUGAUUUAAAGUGGUUAACAAUGUCUUCGGCAACUAAAGAGAUGUUCCAUUUAUCUUUGUGCGGCGUGGAUAUUUAUGACGAUGCUGUGUGGUGUGGUCAGAGUAAAAGGCACUUACGAAGAUUUGUGUAAACUCAUCACAUCCCGACAACCAUCGUGUGGCAGCCAAUGUUAAGGGGAAUACAUUUUUGGGGGAUAUAAAACGUAUGAAAACUGGAUUUAAAUAAUACUUACGUUGUUGUAGAUUGUACGGUAUUGUUUCGCGGUAGUUUAACACUGAUAUUGUCUAACACGGCUUUUAGGAAAAUUAAGUCAUCCUAGCAGCGAUUACACUCAGCGUGCACGGAGUUAAAAUAUACAAUAUUGGCGCAUCUUGAAUUAUUUAUACAAUGAUAUAUUUACAUGCUUCGUACACAUUUUAUACAACUUGAUGUUUUAAAAACACAAACUUUACCUACUUUCUUUGAAAGUUUUCAACGUGUGUAGUAUUCUGUGAAGCAUUGCAUAGUCAUGCACGUUUUUGUAAUUUCAUUAUCAUCCUCCGUCAACUUGUACUUUUUAUUUCACAUCUUGGUAAAAUAAUAAUCUCUUUAACAUCAUAUAGUAGUGCUUUCGUAUUAUUUAAGCAUAUACCCUCAAAUUAGAAAAACAUUAAAAAAACUGUCCAGUUGUUUUUUUAAGUUAGUGAAAAUAUUCAAUUAUUAUAUUUACUGCACAGUUAAUGUACUCGAAAAUGUAAGUCAUGCAUAUUAUUAUGCAUUACUUAGUCAUAUCGUUCACGUGUUUUUUUAUGACUUGUAUCAUGGUUGUCGCAUGCGUUAAAAGAAAGGUAUGUUCAUCACUAGCACAGCACAAAUAAAACAUCCUCUCGCAUGUG